AUGGCAGAGAGCGAAAAUGUGUUGUUAGGUGCCAGGACACCCGGAAGCCCUGAAACUCAACCCUUGUCGAGAAAUAAUGAUGAUUCUAUCGGCUCACGUAUUCCUCGCAUUACCGCACCAAAGCUGGCAGGAAUAUCGUCUACUGUUAAGGGGCUGAGAUCUGGUAGCUCUAUACCAGUUGCCGUUCACAGACGUAGCGCCGAACAGCUACGUGCUUCUAUGCAAGACACACAACAUGAGCCAUCUCCAAAAGGGGUUCGACUGGUUGAAAAGCCUCGUGGGCCUCGCCCUCCGCCAACUGACCAGGCACCCAUUCUUACAUCUGAAUCAACUGAAGGGACGGGCCUCAAGUUCGCUGAAACUUCUUCAUCGGCGUCGGUUUCGUCUUCUGAUACCUGGGAUUUCCCAGAUAUCGGCGAUCCCGAAAGACCGCCUGUUGCGUUUACAGGUGAGUAUCGCGAGCGUGUCCUGGGACCUCUCGGUAAUCAAACUCGUGGCCCUACCUUAAGAAUUACUUCAUCUGCUGAGAAAGUAAUCAUGGGAGACGCUAAGCAGGAGUCGUCGAGCUCUUCUGCCACUCAAAAGAGCAGUCCCUCACUCCUACAACGCUUGGGCAAGCUCACUCCAAACACCCCGAAAAAUUCCAAGAUCCCAAGAGAUGUUACUCCUGGAUCGAAGGGAACACAGGGCUCGAAAAUCAGUAUCGGUAGCGGCAAAGAGAGUACUCCAGUCUCUCGCAACUUCUGCCGCCCACAGAUCUCUAUGGAAAGUAUUUCGAAAAGGGACAUCAGUGGUAAAGAGCUGUCCAUUUCGCGUAAACCUAUCAACAAGUCUAGCUUGAGCAGCCUCCUCUCACCAAGCUCAAAAAGCCUACACUCUGAUGAAGAACCUAUGGUUCCGAAAAUCCCAGAUCAAUAUAUUUCCGGUCAGGGGCCCAGCGUACGUAAGGUUUCUAACAAGAGCCUUGAGCUACAGACUCCAGGAAAGGCAACGCCUGAGACCAAGGGCACACCAUCAAACCUUGAACUACAAGCUACUCCAGAGACUGUGAUAAAGGCUGGCACCAUUUGCCCUCGUCCACCUAGGUCUUCUUCACUACAAGCCUUAUCCGAUUUUCCUGGUGUUUCUCAUUCAGAGCAAAGCUCCGCCAAUAAACCCUCGAAGGUGAUCACGAACCUAAGGCGAAACGUGACUUUCAAUGAUAUUACACCCUUGGCUCCGAGCGAACCUCAUUUCAGCCCGAUUCCGGACAAACACAGACUUCCAGAGUCGAAAAGUAACCACCUGUUAGGAAGUUUCCGCAACAUGUUCAAAUCCCGAGGCGGUGCAGAGGCACCGGCAGCUGCGAGCGAAAAUAAACACCCUGGCAGUGUGAAAGCUAUGGCGAAGGAAAAUUUGGACCGUAACGACUCCGAGAAAACCGCUAGACCAAAGACAAAGUAUGCCACCAGGCUCUCCAGUGGAGUUGGUUGGAAUAGAAGCGGCCGGAAUAACAGAACUAGGGCUGAAUCACCAGGUACCCCAACCCCGUCAGUUCCCCGCCUUUUGGCGCCUCAGAAUCGCGGUUUGGACAGUAAUAUACCAUCUUUUGCUCGGCCUACAACAUCAACUCUUACCAAGGCCACGCCAGCUCCGAAGGCAGCUCUGCCGGUCAGUGUGGAGUCCCAAACACGCAGACCCCAUGUACGGACAGCCUCAACCGGAAGCCCUCACCGUUUGACGCGUGGACCCAAGCGUAUUGCAGGAAAUCUGUUGACUCCACCGUCUCAGAAGAUCAUGGAGUCACCCAAUUCUGCAGUUGGCGACGCACCGUUGAUCCUAGAAGCCAAGACUUACUUCGAUUUGGAGAGGAUCCGCAUCUGCAUAGAGAAGCUAUGUGAGAAAGUUGGAGAAUUGUCCACCUCGCUGGAGAGGGAGACAGCGAUUCGCCAAGCUCUUACCCUUCAGCAGCAACUCGCGGAUUAUCAGAACCUAGAAAAGAUGACAAUCCAGACGGAGAUACUUGCAAAGGAGAAAGCCUUGGAGAAGAAGGUUGCUGAGGAUACCCUUAAGACCAGCCUAGCCGAAAUUCAGGCCCAAUUUGAGCAGGACUAA